AUGAAAUACACCGAUUCAGUACCAGACUCGUACAGAGAGUCGUCAGCCGGCCUGUCGGCUCGCCUGCACACUCCUCACUUAAGCCGGAAGGACGAACGAUAUCCUUUGGAUCUCCAGCCGCCAGAUCAGUCGGACUGCACAGGCCAGACGGAACCUGAAAUGCGGCCGCCGGGCUACCAGCGGACUGAUGAGGCCUUCCGGAACGUGUGGUACCGGAGCGUGGAGGGCCGCAGCCAGCCGGUUUCCUUGGAGGGCGGCAGCCGCAUCCGGCAGGUAGGCGGCAGCCUGUACGUGGGCGGCGCGCUGCUGCGAGACUCGGGCCGCUACGUCUGCGUAGUCAACAACUCGGUGGGGGCCGAGCGCGCCUCCACCUCGCUGCUCGUCACCACGCCGCUGUCAGCGUACAUGGUUCCACAGCAGCAGACUGUGGAUGUGGGGCGGUCUGCACAGCUAAACUGCUCCACUGAGGGCUACCCCCAGCUGGCCGUCUCCUGGCUCAAGGAUGGUCAGCCACUGCACACCUCCAGCAGGGUCAAGCUCGUCUCGCCGCAGACUCUCCGAAUAGAACACGUGGAGAGGUCAGACCGAGGGAUGUACCAGUGCGUGGUGUCCAACAACGAGGAGACGGCCCAGGGCACUGCAGAGAUAAUGUUGGGAGACUCGUCGCCGGUGCUGGUGUCUGCGUUCAGCAGUGCGACGCUGCAGCCCGGAGACACUUGGUCAGCCCAGUGCGAGGCCGCCGGCUCCCCGCUGCCCUCUGUAUCUUGGCUGCUGGACGGACAGUCGCUGCAUUCCUCCGCCGUGCCAGGGGAGCGCCGGGUGGAGGUGACGGUGCAGGCCGGCGGCGUUUCGGUGACGGGGCGGCUGUCGCUGUCUGGACUGCGGACGACGGACGCGGGGGUGUACGAGUGCGUGGCCAGCAACGCGGUGGGGGAGGCGCGCCACGCCGCCCCUCUGCACGUGCUGGGCCCGCCCCACGUGAGGCCCAUGCGCGACGCGAGGCUGGUCGCCAGGGAGGACGCCACCUUCCACUGCCGCGUCACCGGCUACCCCAUCAGCGAGGUCCACUGGGAGAGGGAAGGUAAGCUGUCUGCUGGUCACAGCUGA